CAAGGACAACCUAAAUCUAAUAUGAAUAAACAAGUAUCCAUGUCUUUACUGAAGUCUUCAAUAGUCAGCGGACUCCCGAUAGAACGCAGUUGUUGUUGUCGACGGGAAUUGGGGUUCAUCCUAUGACGUGUCGAAUUCUAAACGACGCAGAAGUCAGGCAUCGGAUUCUGGUCUGUUCUUUGCUUGUCUGAAUGAUGUCAUGUCUUGUAGUAACUCGUAACCCUCUCCAUUUUCGUUCCGAAAGAAAACAAAAGAAUUACGACACCGUAAACAAAAAUAAUAUAAUAAAGCUUUUGUGCGGAUGCAAAUAACGCAGUACGGCCAGCCAGCCAUCACGAGCCACCAUUCAACGCAAAUCCUGACAACGUUUUUGUCUAUAUAUCUAUAUCUAUUCCACACACACAGUCACUCCCAUCACAUGUUAGAACAACAUUAGCAUUGGUUAGGGACUGAAAAUGGGUCCGAAAUUGGCGAAAACGGGGUCGUUCCGUCAUGGAUUGGCGGAGAAGAAGGAGAGGCUUCUGUCGGCGAAGAUGCGGCAGGAGGAAGAGGAAGAACGCAGGUGGUGGUGGUCGAAGUGGAACAGUGUGAAACGCGUGGCUGAGAAGGCUUGGGAGAUGGGUCGGUCUGAUCCAAGGAAGAUAAUCUUCUCUGCAAAAAUGGGACUUGCUUUGACCCUUAUUUCCUUUCUCAUUUUUCUCAAAGAACCACCCUUCAAAGAUAUGAGCCGCUACUCCGUCUGGGCCAUUCUAACUGUCGUCGUUGUCUUUGAAUUCACCAUAGGGGCAACUCUGAGCAAAGGGUUUAACAGAGGAUUGGGGACCUUGUCAGCUGGAGGACUUGCUCUGGGGAUGGCAGAGUUAUCAGAAUUGGCUGGAGAAUGGGAGGAACUUUUAAUUAUUAUAAGCAUCUUCACUGUAGGAUUUUGUGCCACCUAUGCAAAGCUCUACCCUACUUUGAAGCCUUAUGAAUAUGGGUUCCGCGUGUUCUUGAUCACGUAUUGCUUCAUUACUGUAUCUGGGUAUCGAACAGGGGAAUUUGUUGAUACAGCUAUAAAUAGAUUUUUGCUCAUUGCACUUGGUGCUGCUGUAUCUUUGGGAAUAAAUAUCUGUAUAUACCCCAUCUGGGCUGGUGAGGAUCUGCAUAAUCUUGUCACAAAAAAUUUCAUGGGUGUUGCAACAUCUUUGGAAGGUGUUGUCAAUCAUUACCUUCAGUGUGUUGAAUAUAAGAAGGUGCCAUCUAAAAUUCUUACUUACCAAGCUUCUGAUGACCCAGUUUACAAUGGCUACAGAUCGGUUGUAGAAUCUACAAGUAAAGAGGAUUCACUGAUGGGAUUUGCUGUCUGGGAACCACCACAUGGUCGUUACAAAAUGCUCAGAUAUCCAUGGAAGAAUUAUGUGAAAUUAAGUGGGGCUCUAAGGCAUUGCGCAUUUAUGGUCAUGGCCAUGCAUGGAUGCAUACUUUCUGAAAUACAGGCCCCAGCUGAGAAGAGACUAGUUUUCCGCAGUGAGCUUCAGAGGGUAGGUUGUGAAGGGGCAAAAGUGCUACGUGAACUUGGAAACAAAGUUAAAAAGAUGGAGAAACUAGAUACGGGAGACUUGCUGUAUGAAGUGCACGAGGCAGCAGAGGAAUUGCAACAGAAGAUUGAUAAAAAAUCUUACCUUCUUGUCAACUCCGAGAACUGGGAAAUUGGAAACCGCCCAAGAGAGGAUCAGGAGACUGCUCUUCAACAACAAGGCCUCUUUAACAUGGAUGAAGAAAGAAAAUUUCUUGAGUACAAGUCUCUUAGUGAAGCAGUACUUGAUCUCAGAACAGUUCAAGUUCCAAAUACUUGGGAAGGAAAUGUAAGCCUAGGUGAUAGCCCUGCUGAGACUGCAACCGAUGCCUCUCAAAACAUGUUUAGGAAACAGAUAUCUUGGCCUGCUCAUAUUUACAACAAAUCAAAUCCCGUAGCCAAAGAGGGUCAAGAAUCAAAAACUUACGAAAGUGCUAGUUCGCUAUCUCUCACAACAUUUACGUCGCUUCUUAUUGAAUUUGUAGCAAGGCUUCAAAACCUGGUGGAUUCAUUUGAGGAAUUAGGUGAAGUAGCAAACUUUGUUGAUCCACUUGAGCAACAAGCACCAGUAGCAUCUCGUGGAUUCUGGGCCAGGUUGUGUAACUGCUUCAAAUUCAAGGACUGAAACAUGCACUGGCCCAUGUGUCAAGUCAAGCCUUGCAGAGUAGAGCUCCUAAAUUAGAAUAUGCAUCACUGAGUCUGAUUCUGUGAAUGUUACUUUGGAGGGUUGCUAACUUCGUUCCCAUCCUUUGUGGAAUGUGGAUUGGUUGUAAUGAGAUCACUUUUGUAUCCGAGAAUGCGGGUGUUAAUUGAACUCUCAUUUUUUGUACUGGUUGAAAUUUUGAUGAAAUUUGCAAGUAAUGCAUAAAAAUCGUUUGUAUA